AAAUAAAUAAAUAUAUAAUCCUUUAUGAACGAAUACACGUACGAGUAUAAUAAAAUAUUAGAAAAAAUAGAAGAAAAUACGGUUAAAUGACAUGGUCGUCUGGUCCCAGUGUUUCGUAUUAAUAAUAGGCCGAGAAUGUCCCUUGGGCACAGCUCCAACGUGAAGCCGACACCGUUGUUUUCGUAUUUAUCAUAACAUAAUAUCUAGAUUUUUGUUUAAAAUUUCAUUUUUUCUUCUUUCGAAUAAUUUACGAAUUAUCGUCGCGUGAAAUUCGUGGUAGGUACCUACGUGAAAAUCACGUACACCUAUAAACCCGUGCCUGCGAAUUCGCGCCGUACAGUGAUUGUCUUGUCCGUUAAAAAAAAAAAAAAAAUUGAAAAUUAAAAUAUCUUAUCAGCUCUCUACACAAUACAUAAUAUAUUCAUAUCAAAACAGCAUCGUGCCAUCAUCCUACACGGUAACCUCACUGCUACUAGUGGCCGUUCGUCGUGCACGGCAAUCCGGCGAAUCUGAUGCAUGGAUACGUUGACCAGAAACAUGCCGUCCAAAAAACAGUACAACCUCGUGCCCAACGACGAGUACGACACGAGAAUACCUAUGCAUCCGGAAGAAGCGUUCGAGCACGGCAUUACAUUCCACGCCAAGUUCAUUGGAUCUUUAGAUGUCCCCAGGCCAGUGAAUCGAGUCGAAAUAGUGGCUGCUAUGAGACGGAUUAGAUACGAGUUCAAAGCCAAGGGUAUAAAAAAGAAAAAAGUGUCCAUAGAAGUGUCCGUCGAAGGAGUCCGUAUUACUCUAAGAAAAAAGAAAAAGAAAAAACAAUGGAUGGACGAGAAUAACCUGCUACUUAUGCAACAUCCUAUUUAUAGGAUAUUUUACGUUUCUCACGAUUCUCAAGAUAUGAAAAUAUUCAGUUACAUAGCUAGAGAUGGUUCCACUAACGUGUUCAAGUGUAAUGUGUUUAAGGCAAAUAAAAAGAGCCAAGCAAUGCGAGUGGUGCGAACGGUAGGCCAAGCAUUUGAAGUGUGCCACAGAGUAAACCCGUCCGAGGACGGCGGCGAUAGAGACAACGAGGACGUUUCGUGUAGACACGACGACGAGGACGAAGACAACGACGACGACGAUGAUGAGGAUCACCGAGGAGAUGAUUCGGGUGAUGAAGACGACGAGUUGGACGACGGUUCGAUGUCGAAACGAGACACAUUUGAAAAUCAAGGUAGACUGGAAACAUCCGUCGGAAACGAUUCUGUCUCAUCGUUGGACGGAGCCAGAAAAGACGGAGGCCCCGGCGACAUACAACGACCUUUACGACUAGAUAUCAUUCCACCUCCACCGGUUUCAUCAGUCAACCACAGACGUUCUUCGCCAAUGAACGGCAGUGAAGUAUACAGCUCCCCGAUGACUGAAACAUCAAAAGGCGAUGGGGUCCUGUUGUCAUCUUUGAGCGUACAACACGAAAUGCAAUUAUUGCGCCAACAGCUAGAUCAACAAACGCAUCAGACCCAGGCUGCAGUAGCUCAAGUUCAUAUGCUCAGGGAUCAGUUGGCGGCUGAAUCCACGGCCAGAAUGGAAGCUCAGGCAAGGACACACCAGCUUUUAGUGCACAAUAAAGAACUACUGGAUCACAUUGCUUCGUUGGUUUCGUUGUUGCACGACCAGGAAAGGAUCAGGAGUGAACUGCAACAUCAUUCACUUCCUCCGCACUCUAUGAUGUGCGAUCUUCCCACGCCGUCUUCGGCGCCGGCCUCAUACAUGCCGGACUUGCCACCGCCUUCGCCACGUCACAGGGCGGCUGCGUACCACAUGCCCAUGAAUUUCGACUUCAGUUUCAACCAGCCCGCGCAAACGGCCGACCAGCAGUUCCAAGCGCAACUGCUCCAACGGCUCCAGUCGCUGACCGGCACCAUCGCCAACACGCCCGCCGGCCAAUACCAAACAAGGCAGCCGCCGCAGCAGUACCAACCACAUCUGUUCGCUCCAUCGCCGACGGUGCACCAGCAGCAGCCUUCCGUGUCGCCGACGGCCAUCAACUGCCGGGUAUCGCAGCCGUCGUCGUCGUAUUCCGCGUCGCCCGUCACCAACCGGUCGACGUCCGGCGACAGCGUGACCAACGACGGCAUCAUCAAACCGCUGUCGGACGACCACCAGGUGACCGUGGUGGUGGACAGGACGGCCGAGGAACCGCUGCCGCCGCCGGAGCCCACGCCACCGGUGCUGUCGCCGCCGCCGCCCGGCAAGCAGAAAUCGCUGCUGAAGGUGUCGAGUAGAGCCGGCAGUGCCGGCGGCGGCGGCGGCAAAAAGACUACGGCCGUGGUGGGCAACGGGCCAAUAACCAGGUCGACCAGCGAGAAGGUGCCCAACAAGAGUAACCUGAUGAGUCAAGUGCAUCGGACCACUUGGGCGCGACACACUACCAAGUGACAUGCACGCGAGUCCGGCCAACCCGCGUCGACUCGCCUGCCGUUCGUCCGAUAACGUCGUCCUGCUUAGUCCUAACCUAGCGGUUACCGAGUCACGGACAGUGGUCAUCACAAAGGGUGUGCCGUUAAAAAUUAAUAGAUUUGAAAGAGCGGAGAGGAAAAAAAAUAAAAUAAAAUACCCAACGAAAUCGAUAGAGUAAAACUAUUACCGUGUUCUCAAGAUUUUGUAACAAACGUGUAUCUUGUGCAUAGAACACAAUAUCGCGCUCAUUCAGUCAAUAUUCUCCACGGGCGUAAAUACCUAGAAAGGCGUUUCGUCACUCCGUCGGUAAUCGCCAAAUGUCCUCCGUCCUACUGACACAACGGUCCUAGGCUCAUCCCUCUAUCCCAGAUCGUUGACGAAUAACAAUCGAAUCCAAUCCAUCCGUUUACGAUGGCGUACCUCGUAUUAUGCGCCACGCACCAAAACAGUUUCCCCAUAGCUCGGUUACUGCUGCUGCUCGUUCACGUACACGGUUCACGGUACACGGUGUCUGCAACUUUGACGAAAAAAUCAUGGUUUUUUUAUGUUUUUUUUUUUCGCUCCCGUUUCGUCUGCACGACCAUAUAUUGUAUACUGUCUCCUCGAACAAAUCGAUUCAGUGCGAUGGAGCCGAGAACAUAUUAAUAUACAUAAAUGUAUAAAUAUUUUGAUAAAAAAAAGAAAAGCAGUAACAAAUAUCUAUUAUUAGGUUUUAUUUUUGUUCGUGUUGGGACAAAGUAAUGUAUAGAAAUUUUAAUUUUGAAACUUUUUGAGAUUUCUCGACAACGUUAUCGAAUCGAAAUAUGAGAACAUUAUCUGUGAUUACGUAUAGUGAGACUAUAAAACGUUGAGAUCUUGUCUAUAUUACGUUUUCGAAGCGAUAUGGGUACGUGAAAUGUAGACACCAACAAAAUAAUAUUACUACAAAGUUCAGGAUUCCAAUAAAGUGGUUACGAUUUAUUGGGGACCAUUUAUAGUUGCCAAAUAAUAAUGUGUAUUUAGAAAUAUUUUACGUUUUUUACACGUUUUAUGUAGGGAAAAAUUAAAAAAAAAAACUCCAAACAGGCUAACAAUUCUCAUAUUUCAAUUUGAUUACAAUUAUAGUAAUCUUAAAUUUUAAUCGAGUCUAUUUCCAUAAUAAUUUUUAUUCGUGAGAGCCCAACAAAUACCAAUUUGAGACGGUUAUAUAAUAUACAUUUAAUAUAAAAAUCGUAUAUACGGCAUUCUUUCCUGUUUUAUAAAAUACAUAAUACUGUAUAGUACGGGGAAUUGAAAAUAACGCUUGGAAUGCAGUGCACCGAGUUUGACAACUACGAAGUUUUCCAAAUUAUAAAAUUUAUAACAAAUAAUUACUUUAUCCGUCGACAGUCUUCGAGCUUUUAUAUUAUGGAUAUUUGUUAAAGUUAACGGCUUAUCAAAUACAGUAAUACACUCUACGACAGACUGACUAUUUUAUUAAUACUAUUUUAAUCUUAACGAAAUUGUAUUGUUCUUAUUUUGUAAAACCAUGUACAUGACUGUGAAUAUUAAUUAUCCUAAGAAAUGUAGGGUUACAUUAUUUUAUAAAUAAAUUGAAUAUUUAUAUC